GGACAUGACUCGUGCGUCUCUGCACUUGUCGUCUCAUCAGACGGGCGAUGGGUAGCGACUGCCUCCCAUGAUUCCACGAUCAUCCUUUGGGAUUCCCGAGCUGCCUGCAUCUCGCAAGAGUGGUUUGCCCAUGAUGGAGAGAUCGCGAGUCUCGCAUUCUCACCAGACGGUCGCUCCCUCGCUACACACAUCGCUGUUGGAUACAUGGAUGGGACGAUCUAUGUUUGGGACAUGGAGAAAAGGCAGGAGCCUCUGCUCUGGAAAGCGCACACACAAAAGGUCAGCGAUGUGGCCUUUUCCCCAGACGGUCGGCUACUACUCUCAGCCUCGUACGACAACACAGUCAAGACGUGGGAUGUACACACUGGUGUCAUGAUGCAGUCAUUCGAUGGACACGCGUUGACGGUGUCUCAGGCGUGCUUCUCCCCCUGCGGGAAUUACAUCGCCUCUGCAUCUGCUGACAGGACGGUAAGGGUGUGGAGGACAAGUGAUGGAUCUUGCUUGGCAAUGCUCUCCGAUCAUGGUGCCUGGGUCUCGUACGUCGCAUAUACUCCGGACGGGACAAUGCUCACCCACGUCGCUGUUGGAUACAGUGAUAGGACGAUCCGCGUUUGGGACAUAGGGACAAGGCAGGAGCCUCUGCUCUGCAAGGAUGACACAGGUGGCGUCACCGAUGUGGCCUUUUCCCCGGAUGGUCGGCUGCUGCUCUCAGCCUCGAACAACAAGACAGUGAAGACGUGGGAUGCACACACUGGUGCCAUGAUGCAGUCAUUCGAUGGACACGCGUUGACGGUGUCUCAGGCGUGCUUCUCCCCCUGCGGGAAUUACAUCGCCUCUGCAUCUGCUGACAGGACGGUAAGGGUGUGGAGGACAAGUGAUGGAUCUUGCUUGGCAAUGCUCUCCGAUCAUGGUGCCUGGGUCUCGUACGUCGCAUAUACUCCGGACGGGACAAUGUUGUGGUCUGCGGCACGGAACGGGACUGUGUUGGGUCACCGUGUGCAGGACUUUAUGCCGGACGAAUCCGAGUUUUGA